CUAACAAAAGAACUGUCCUGAGCUCCACCAAUUUGCUAUUGUCAUCAAUCAACCAAUUAUUUUGCUGAGGUAACUCUGAGUCUCUGCUUCCUGCUCUUUCUCUGCCAUGCCUGGUUUCCUUUUUCCAAGUCCCACUUAUCUAUGCUCCAUUUCAGACUUCAUCACUCCCACCUGCUCAUCUGUUACAACUGUCCAUGCUCUCAUAUCUGCAUUCAAGAGACCGCCUAUUAAUGUCACUGACAUCCUUACAAUCAUCCUCAAUCCUUACGUUUUUAAAGUCACCUUUAGUCUUGCUCUCCACUGACCGUGGUCUAUUUUGAGUUGCAAAUGGGAAUGCUAAAAUAAGUUCCUUAUCUCUAUAAAAUCUCAGUCUGUCUUAAGCUGUGCUUACCUCUGAUAAGUCUCUGCUAUUAAUGGGGUUCCUGAGAACUUCCUUUGUUGGGUGGUUUUAGAUCGGUGUUGUAUUUGUCUAGUACUGUAAAUAAUGAGUUCCUAGCCAUUGUUCUCACAGAAGCCCCGUUUCUCUUCACUGUUCAUAUUUUCUUUUUCUUCCUUAUCCAAAUGCUAAAAAUUUCAUGUCUUGGCUUCUACCAUUUUAUCAAAAGAUAUGACUGAAACUUCUUCAGAUAUGCUGUUCAAGAGAGUUCCGUGGGUUCUCGUUUGCUUGUACUUCCAUAUGGUGUAUGGAAGCAAUUUCGAUGUGCUGGUGACAUUUCAAAAGGCUCCUCUGCCUAUUACCUCUCUCAGGUCAGCUACAUUUGUUUUCGAGGUUUCGUUGGGAGCUGGUGGAGAGCCGUGUACCAAUUGCAGCAUCCAGUGCGAGCUUGAUGAUCGAGCUCCUACGAAUUGUGAGCAAAACUCUGUGUCCUAUUCAGGGUUGGGAGCUGGUGAUCACAUAUUCCAUGUCUGCAUCAACAGAUCAGCACAAAUUUCGUGCUCAAGCUACAAUUGGACCAUUGAUACGGUUCAUCCUACUGCAUCAAUUUCAACCUCAAGAUCCUUCACAAAUGCAUUAAACAUUUCAGCCUUUAUUACAUUCAACAAGCCAUGCCUUGGGGAAGGUGGAUUUAGAUGCUCUUCUGUUAAUGACUGCAGUCUUCUUGUUUAUGGGCCUGGUCAGGUUGUGCCAUCAACCCUUCAGGUUGUCCAGUCUGAUCUGAAAUUCUCUAUUGUUGUGAGUUUCUCUACUGCUGCUCAGUAUGGAAGGGUGAUAUUAGCAAUGCGGAGAGGUUUCUGCACAGAUUCUGCUGGAAAUAGGUUUAUCAGAACUGCUAAUUCAACGUAUACCUUGCACUUUGACAGGAGGAGAGUAUUUGCCAAUUUGACAGCACAUGUCCCCAUGAAGCUACUUCAACUUAACGCUGCAUCGAGGAUAGUGGAGGCAACCAACGACCACAGGAACUUGAGAAUUUAUUUGGUUUUCUCUGUUCCUGUUCUUAAUUCGUCCUCUGAAAUUCUAAGUGCUCUUCAUAUUAGUAGUGGCCUCCUCGUUCCUAUUAAUCGAAAGACCCUUGGGAACCGCCGAUUUGGAUUUUUGGUGAACAACACAUCAAGCAUUACUAUUAUCACAAUAACACUGCAGCAAGAUGCAAUAAUUAGUCGGCAAGGGACUUUUGUUUCACCCACUGAACCCCUCACUUUUCUAUACGAUUGUCAAAGGCCAACAGUGAGAUUGACCACCACAUCAGAGAAGAGGACUAGAGAUCAUUAUCUUCCGGUACUCAUAAGAUUCAUGGAACCAGUUUUUGAUUUUAAUUCUUCUGCUAUAUCAAUUUCAGGAGGCCAUUUGCUAAGAUUCAGUCCAAUUAGCUGGAGUCUGUACGGCAUUGAUGUGCAUGUGGACGACUCUACAGUAUCAGUAGAGAUUCCUGCAAAUAUUACAGGGGAUAUUGCAGGAAACAAGAAUCUAGCAUCAAAUGUUUUACAAGUGAUGCAUUAUUCUGUCCCCACGACCUCAGUGGCAAUCAGUACAUUAACUACUGCUGCUUUUGCGGUAACAUCUUUAGCAGCUGGAUUGCUCACAGUUUCUACUGCCAGCCUUCAAUCUUUUGGAGCACUUUCAAAUCCUCUGCCAUCAUAUGUUACCUAUGAUCCAUCAAGAAAUCUCUUUAGAAUUGCUGGCCACAUUCAGGUAUUUGCACUUUCAAAGUGGCUACCUGUCACCUUGCCUGUUGAAUACUAUGAAUUUGUGAGAGGCUUACAGUGGAGCAUCCCCCACCUUAGGCUACCAUGGGAAGCAGAACACUACAAGACCUUCCCGAUCAAUUCAAGUUCCCAUGUCCAUCCACCUGUAAAAGUUGUUGAGGAAAGAUCAUAUUCCGGUUAUGCAUUUAAAAGAGAUAGUCAAUUGACAAAGCACCUUACUGCUAUGGAAUAUGCAUCACUUUUUGAGAUCCAGAAUAUGAAACCAGAAGCAGAAUUUCUCAUGAGUGGAAAGACCUCCACAGGAUGGAAGGAAUUCAAGAGGAACAUGUUCUGGCUAGUCGUAAUAGUUGGCAGUUUGAUGCUGCUCCAUGCUAUAAUUGUAUUUACUCUCAAGUUAAAAAGGAGAAGCAUGUCUCCGAAACAUGCAAGUUAUGGAGCACUUGUGGUACCAAGAUUUGAGUUAUUUCUGAUCAUUCUGGCGCUGCCUUGCAUGUGCCAAGCUGGAGCAGCAGUCAUCAAAGGGGGGUCGGCACCAGAAGUCAUUGUUGGUGUUUUACUGGUUGGUUUCUCAUCGCUUUGUGUUUUGUCCUUGCUGUCAUUCCUCACAAUUGGAAUUACCAUGGGUAAGCUACUUCAAUAUAAGGAGGUUCAUCAAGAAGGGCAAAAAUUUCAUUGGUACCAAGAACUAAUAAGAAUCACUUUGGGUCCUGGUAAGCGGGGGCAAUGGACAUGGAAGAACCAGCCCCUUUCAGUCAAACUGACAAUGUUUGGUCCUUUAUUUGAAGAUUUGAGAGGCCCACCAAAAUACAUGCUUUCUCAAAUUGUUGGAGAAAAGUCUGAAAAGAAAAGUGACCAGAUCAUUGCUUCUGAUGACGAAACUGAAGAUGCAGAAGCACCGUUUAUCCAAAAGCUUUUUGGGAUUCUCAGAAUCUAUUAUAUCAUGCUUGAACUCAUCAAGCGGGUCUCCUUAGGAAUCACCGUUGGUGCUUAUUCCAGUUUCAGUCAAUGUAAAUUUCCUGUCAUAUUCAUCUUCUGCAUUACAUCUUUCCAGCUUAUCUUCAUGGUGAUGAAGAAGCCUUUUAUUCGGAAAAUGGUCCAGUUUGUGGAGAUUAUCGCUGUUGCCACAGAAGCAGCAGUUUUUGCCACAUGUAUUGUUCUCUUGGAGAGAGAUUUGACAGUUUCUAAUGAUAAGGCACUUGGUCUAUUUAUGGUACUUAUGUUCUCCAUUGGAUUCAUUGUCCAAAUAAUCAGUGAGUGGCGAGCUCUGUUUAAGCAGGUCUUAAGACUGAGCAGCGAUGGUCACUCUUUCUGUAAUGGACUGAAAAUGGUUUCUACAGGAUUGUUGUUGAUCCUGAUUCCAUGGAAACUGUUAAACAAAUGGGAUAGCCAAUUGUUCUCAAAUGACAAAAGUGGUGAAAAUGUAGCUAACUUUGGCAAUCAAACGAGUGUUCCUGCAAUUGGAGUGGUUGGAGAUACCCCUGUGAGGCAGUCAAGAAGCUCUAGCACGUCGGAUAGGCCAUGGAUGAAGCAACUGCGGGAGUUGGCAAAAGCAAGCUUCAGCAGAGAAGGAAGUGGGACACAGACCGAUCCUUCAAGCAGCCAGAACCAGAGAAACAUGGGGAGAAGUCAGAGUCCUACAGGAUUGUACAGGGACCUUGAAGCUAUAUUCUCUUCUGCAUCUAGGUGAUUGAAAUUGUUUAUUAUUUCUAAUCAUGCAUUUUUCAUGCAUCCGGCUUUCCUCAACAUUUUCCAGCAGAGUCACAUUGAUAUAGAAAUGUGAAUGGCUUUCAGCAAAAAAAGGAAAAAGAAAAAAGUUCUACAUUAGUAUGUGAGUCCAUGCUAUCUUAGGGGUAGCCUGUUGUAUUGUUGCAUGCUGUAAUUUCCUCUCAUUAAUAUAAUUAUUUGUAGAAAAUAAAAACAAAAUCUUGUAAUUCUUCUUAUGUUCCAAUGUAUACAUAGUCUAGGAACAGCUCAAUAAUGUCUUC